AUGGUGCAGGUGCAGGAGCCUGAACCACAGAACAGCGAGGUGCCACCCAAGCGGCAGAGGACUGAAGCCCCAAGUGGCACGGACUCUGAAGAACAAAGUGGCGAACCCCAGGGGCUAGGCCUAGUUGCGUACAGCAGCGACAAUGCCACCAGUGGCCAGGAAGGGGUCACAGAAGGAGAAUAUGAACGUAGGUCACAACGAAAGGGCGGGAUGGGUGGUGCGGAACCGAUGGGUGCAAUGUCAGCACAAGCGAAUGUUGGUGAAGAAUCUUCUGGAACUGAGGAUUCCGAAUCUGGGGGCUCUGAAGUGGGGUCACCCAAUCAUUUACAAUCAUUCUUCUGA